AUGUCCAGACCGUCCCUCCCGAGCCGGCCUUCUGGCGAAUUCGGCGAUGCCGCUCUGGGAGGAGCCCCCCAGCGGGCGAGCGCCCUGUCAACCCGCAUUUCCAGCGUGCUGUCCGCCUCGUACGCCGACCUCGAGAUCCGCGAUGCUCUCGAGACUUUGGAUGCUCGCGGCCUCAAGAACACCCAGGACAUGCGCCGUCAGCUGAGGCUCGACGUGCAGCGCGACGUCAUCCGCUGCAAUGGCGACAUCGUCCAGGAUUUCGGCCGCGUCGCCGAGCAAUUGCGCCGCGUCGGCACCGCGAUUCAGGCCUUGAACAGGUGCUGUGCCGACAUGAGGGCCCAGAUCUCGUCCGCCAACAGCGAGACGAAGCCGAUGCUGGAUGAGGCCUCGACGCUGAUGGGUCAAAAGGCCGAUACGGAGAAGAAGCAGCGCCUGCUGGAAGCGCUGAAAUCUCACUUCAUCCUCUCGGACGAGCAGCUGUUUACCCUGACGUCGACCACCGAGCCCGUCAACGACGAAUUUUUCCAACUACUCACCAGGGUCAAGAAGAUACAUCAUGACAGCCAGCUGCUCCUGGGCACCGAAGACCAGCGGCUGGGCCUGGAGAUCCUCGAGCAGAGUUCGAAACAGCUGAGCUCCGCCUUCCAAAAGCUCUACCGAUGGGUCCAGCGCGAGUUCAAGAGCUUGGACCUCGAGAACCCGCAGAUCAGCGCUUCCAUCCGCCGCGCGCUGCGCGUGCUCGCUGAGAGGCCCACCCUAUUCCAGAGCUGCCUGGAUUUCUUUGCAGAAGCCCGAGAGCACACGCUGUCCGACGCCUUUUACAACGCCUUGACCGGAGCUGCUGCCGACGUCGGUUCCUCCACGGCCAAGCCGAUUGAGUUUUAUGCGCACGACCCGCUGCGCUACGUCGGCGACAUGCUGGCCUGGGUCCACUCCACCACCGUGUCGGAGCGCGAGGCCCUGGAGGUGCUCUUCAUCUCGGAAGGGGACGAGAUCUCGAAGAGCAUCCAGCAGGGACUAGAAAGCGAACCGUGGCUGCGCGUUGAAGGCGAGGAAGGAGAGGUGUUCGAUGGGAAAAAGGCUCUGCAUCAGCUCGUCAGUCGCGAUCUCGCCGGCGUCGCGAGGUUGUUGAGGCAGCGGACCGAGCAAGUCGUCCAGAGCCACGAGGACGCGGUCCUUGCCUUCAAGAUUGCGAAUCUGAUCGGCUUCUACCACAACACCUUCUCAAAGCUCGUCGGCACGGACUCGCCCAUCUUGGACGUCCUGGCUGCCCUGGAAGAGUCGGCUCUGAGGCAGUUCCGGGCGAACAUGCGGGACCACGUCGCCAGCGUCCAGAGCGACCUGGCGAUCGCACCGGCGAACCUCGCGCCGCCCGAUUUUCUCGACGAGGCGCUCGAGAUGCUCAAGGCACUCCUCAAGAGCUACGACUCGUCCAUGGCGGCGCUCGACAACCGCGAGAAUGGGUUUCAGCCGGUCCUGGCCGAGGCUCUCGACCCCUUUCUCAACGGCUGCGAAAACCUCUACAAGAGGCUGCAGGAGCCCGACAACGAUGUGUUUGCCAUCAACUGCCUCCUCGCCGCGCGGUCGGUCUUGGAGGACUUUUCCUUCGUCAAGGAGAGGGUCGAGGAGAUGGACGGCACGAUGCGGGAACACAAAUCGAAACUGGUGGCCUCCCAGCACAGAUAUUUCUUGCACACUUCGGGACUUUACCCGCUAAAGGCUAUACUGUCCGAGCUGUCCGAGUCCGAGGAAGACCUGAAGUCGAUCCCUCAGCUGCCUCCGUUCAAGCCAGAAACUCUGGUGAAUGCUGGAGGCCAACUGGACGACUUCCUGCCCUCUGCGCUGAUGGAUGCGAUGGACAAUAUCAAACGGCUACGGGACGCGAGGAUGGUCCAAGAGAUCACAGAGGCGGCUGCGGAGCAGUUCUGCGAAGAUUUUGAAUUCGUCGAGAAUCGGAUCCUGGCGGCAGACGAGGUGAGGGUGGUCGAGAAUGGCGCAGAGGAAGCGCCCGCUCCGAGCCUGAGGGAUCUCUUCCCUCGCACGAGUGGGGAAAUUAGAGUGCUGCUGAGCUAG